AUGGAUGUUUUGUUUCACCUAACUGGGUUAUUUCUCAUCGUCGUUACAGUCCGAGGAGAUUCUGAAGGUGCUGCUGUAGAUGGUGGUUAUUCCGAUUGGAGUGAGUUUUCUGAGUGCAGUGCUACUUGUGGAGAAGGUUUGAGGAUUCGAAAGCGAUCGUGCAAUAAUCCAGAACCUAAAAACGGAGGGAAAAACUGUAAUGACUUGGGAGCAGACACGGACACCAAAUCUUGCAACUCAUUUCCUUGUCCCGUUGAUGGCGGUUAUUCUCAAUGGUCGAACUUCACGGAAUGCAGUAUCAGCUGUGGAGGAGGUGGAAUCCAGAGUCGCUCGCGAAAAUGCAACAACCCUUUGCCUUGCUGUGGUGGAAUGAACUGCGAACACUUGGGACCAAGUACAGAGACAAGAGCAUGUGGCGAAUGUGCCUGUGAUAUCGACGGUAGCUGGAGUGAGUGGUGUGCCUUCACACGCUGCACAGUUUCAUGCGGUGGUGGGAUGAGAAUCCGUAACAGAACUUGUACUAAUCCUCCCCCAUCAGGCCUUGGUCUCGAUUGUGCCGGCCCAGCUGCUGAAUUACAGAUAUGUAAUACUGAGUCAUGCCAUAAUGCUAAUUACACCCAGUGGUCAGAGUGGUCUGAAUGCAGCGUCACUUGCGGUGUUGGAGAACAAAAACGUUCAAGAACUUGCACCAAUCCCCCUCCUGGGCCAGGAAGGAAAAACUGUGAAGAAGAGCACUUAGGACCCGCUGAUGAGACUCAAAAAUGCAGACUAAAGCCAUGUCCAAUAGACGGCAAUUAUACAGAAUGGACAGAGUGGUCUGAAUGUAGUGCGAGUUGCGGGGGAGGCUCCCACCUGCGAACAAGACAGUGCACCAGGCCACCUCCGAAACACGGUGGACUUGAUUGCAAUGAACUGGGACCUGCUGAUCAGAGGCAACAGUGUAACCCAGACCCUUGCCCCAUUGACGGUAACUAUACUGAAUGGUCCGAAUGGUCUGAAUGUAACGUCAUCUGUGGGGGUGGAGUACAUAACCGUUCAAGAACGUGCACCAAUCCCCCACCGAAAAACGGUGGAAACAAUUGCGAAGGGCUGGGACCAGCUAAUGACACACAGGCUUGUAACCCAGACCCCUGCCCAAUCGAUGGUAAUUUUUCCGAGUGGUCUGAAUGGUCCGACUGUAGUGCUACAUGCGGCGGAGGUUUACAAACACGAACGAGAAACUGCACCAAUCCCCUUCCGCAAUACGAAGGAAAAGACUGUGAAGGCCUGGGCCCCGCUGUCGAGACACAGUCAUGCGGCUCGGAAAAAUGCCCAAUUGAUGGUAACUACACUAAAUGGUCGGACUGGUCAAAAUGUAGCGUCACUUGUGGAGGAGGGGAACAGAGCCGCACAAGAACUUGCACAAAUCCCUCUCCUAUGCACGGUGGGAAGAAUUGCGAGGGCUUGGGACCAGCUAAUAACACGCAAGAGUGUAACCCAGACCCCUGCCGUGAGUAG